AUGGAGACUGCCGCGGCACAGAACCUGUUGAUCGCCAACUCUUACGCCAAGGUGGAGAAAGUGGGUGAAGGUACAUAUGCCUCCGUAUUCUUGGCACGCAGCAUCAAUACAGGUCAAAAGGUAGCCAUCAAGAAGAUCAAGAUUGUUUCCAAUGAGAACGGUAUGGACGUCACUGCAAUUCGUGAAGUCAAGUUUCUUAAGGAGCUAAACCACCCCAAUGUGAUCAAGCUGGUCGACGUUUUUUCUUCAGGUUCUCGAUCUCCGUCUCUCAACCUGGUGCUUGAAUUCUUGGACACCAAUCUAGAAGCACUCAUCAAGGACAGGACGCUUAUUUUUACUCAAGCCGACAUCAAAAGCUGGAUGGCGAUGCUCUGCCGUGGUUUGGAGUACUGCCAUCGCUAUUGGGUAUUGCAUCGUGAUCUGAAACCGAACAAUUUGCUCAUCUCUCCACAAGGCGAACUCAAGAUCGCUGAUUUUGGUCUUGCACGCGAACACGGCGAUCCAGGUGCACGCAUGACUCAUCAGGUGGUAACGAGAUGGUAUCGACCGCCAGAGCUGCUGUUGGGUUCCCGCGCCUACUCUUCUGCCGUGGACAUGUGGAGUGUAGGCUGCAUCUUUGCCGAGCUUAUGCUGCGCGUCCCCUAUCUACCAGGCGAGUCGGAUGCCGACCAGCUCAUCACGAUUUUCAAGGCGCUCGGUACACCAACCGAUAAGGAUUGGCCCGGUCACAAGUCUUUGCCAGAGUACACGGCCUUCGAACAAUACCCCAAGUCCAAUUUAGCUGAUCUGUUCCUAGCUGCAAGUCCAGAAGCACUUGAUUUCCUCCAAAAGAUGCUUCUUUUCGAUCCGCUCAAACGGCUCAGUGCUAAUCAAGCCUUGCAUCACGCGUACUUCAAGCAGGGUCCGCCACCGACACCAUUCAAGCAGCUUCCGAGGCACCCAACAAAAGCGUUGGAUUCCGGGGAUCCAGCUGCGCAUCCUCUGCUUUCGGACAGCAAGGAGAAGAACGAAGUGCGUGAAAAGCAGCAGAACCAAGCACAUGGUAACGGUAACGUCAACGGCAACAGCAGAAAGCGUCCUUUCGAUGCAAAAGAGAUUGAAGAACGAAGGAGAUUGGCGAGAAAGCUGGCUUUCGCGUAA